AAGUGGCGUUGUUUGAGCGACGAGGGCUUUUGUGUGUGUGUAUGUGUGUAUCUCGUGGAUCGCUAGUUACACACGCGCUUAUUCACGUUUCCUGUGGGCUUUUUUCGGUGCUGAAGAAAUAGAGCGUCGCUUGAGGCGUUUACCUGUGCAGGUGUCGCUCCGUGCGGGAAAAGUAAUAAUAAUAACAAUAUCGAGGUAUGGCUGCUGAAGUGAAUGGCAGCUCUGCUCCUGCAAAAGAAGAAGAAGAGCCUAUGGACGUCUCGGCGGCACACACAGAGAACUACCAGACUCUCAUUGAUGCUGGACUUCCCCAGAAAGUAGCUGAGAGCUUGGACAACAUCUUCCAGACUGGUUUGGUGGCCUAUGCUGACCUUGAUGAGAGGGCGAUCGAUGCUCUGCGUGAGUUUAAUGAAGAAGGAGCUCUGUCUGUAUUGCAACAGUUUAAAGAGAGUGACUUGUCUCAUGUCCAGAAUAAGAGCGCUUUCCUUUGUGGUGUCAUGAAGACCUACAGACAGAGGGAAAAGCAAGGCAGCAAAAUACAGGAAUCCACAAAAGGCCCAGACGAGUCAAAGAUAAAGGCUUUGCUGGAAAGGACAGGAUAUACCCUUGAUGUCACUACAGGCCAGAGGAAAUAUGGUGGGCCGCCCCCAGAGGCAGUCUUCUCCGGCACACAGCCCGGAAUUGGCACCGAGGUGUUUGUGGGAAAAAUUCCUCGGGACUUGUAUGAAGAUGAGCUGGUUCCACUGUUUGAGAAGGCGGGGCCCAUAUGGGACCUGAGGUUAAUGAUGGACCCUCUGUCCGGACAGAACCGUGGCUAUGCGUUCAUCACCUUCUGCAGCAAAGAUGCCGCACAGGAAGCGGUCAAACUGUGUGAUAAUUAUGAGAUCAGACCAGGGAAGUAUUUGGGUGUCUGCAUCUCAGUAGCCAACAACCGACUCUUUGUGGGCUCCAUUCCAAAGAACAAGACCAGGGAAAGCAUCCUGGAAGACUUUGGCAAAGUGACAGAGGGUCUACAGGAAGUGAUUCUGUACACGCAAGCUGACGACAAGAAGAAGAACCGGGGUUUCUGCUUUUUAGAGUAUGAGGACCACAAGUCAGCAGCACAGGCCCGCCGUCGCCUCAUGAGUGGCAAAAUUAAGGUGUGGGGCAACCCUGUAACUGUGGAGUGGGCCGACCCUGUCGCUGAACCUGACCCUGAGGUCAUGGCCAAGGUGAAGGUGCUGUUUGUCCGUAAACUAGCCACUUCUGUCACAGAGGAGCUGUUAGAGAAGACCUUCUCGCAGUUCGGGAAACUGGAACGUGUUAAGAAACUGAAAGACUAUGCCUUUGUUCACUUUGAGGAGCGGGAUGCUGCUGUUAAGGCCAUGGAAGAGAUGAAUGGGAAAGAGCUUGGGGGAGAGGAGAUUGAGAUUGUCCUUGCUAAGCCUCCAGAUAAGAAGAGGAAAGAGCGGCAAGCUGCCCGGCAGACCAGCAGAAACACAGGGUACGAUGAUUACUACUACUACCCCCCACCCCGCAUGCCACCCCCAGGCCGCGGCCGUGGCCGAGGUGGUCGUGGCGGUUAUUCUUACCCACCCGAUUACUAUGGCUAUGAAGACUACUACGACGACUACUACGGUUAUGAUUACCAUGACUACCGUGGUGGCUAUGAUGAUCCCUACUAUGGCUAUGAAGAAGUAUAUCCGUUAAGGGGACGCGGCAACCGUGGAAGCCGUGGAGCCCCGCCCCCACCCAGAGCACGUGGGGUUCCCCCGGCUCGUGGUAGAGGUGGUUAUGCUCCGAGGGGAGGCGCUCCCAUGGGAGCAGGCCGAGGAGGACGCGGAGGAGGACGAGGUGGCCCUUUCCAGUCGCCCAGGGGUGGACGUGGCACCAGAGGUGCCCGUGGGAACCGUGGCGGUAACGUGGGUGGGAAGAGAAAGGCAGAUGUAUUUAACCAACCUGAUUCAAAACGACGCCAGACGACCAAUCAGCAGAACUGGGGGUCGCAGCCAAUCGCUCAGCAGCCACUACAGCAAGGGGGCGACUACUCCAGCAACUACUACAGCAACGACACCCUGGAGUUCUCCCAGGAUUCCUACGGGCAGCAGUGGAAGUAGACGACACACACAUCACCCCCCCAUAAAAAGAGUAUGUCAGUGACACAAUAAGGACACGCCCCAGAAUUGGCUUCACAAAUCCUGAUUGGCUGAAAGUACGUUUUGGCUGAAGACAAGAAUGUAUCUGUUCCUCCUCCUUCCCCUGAUUGGUUUGCUCUUUCUCUCUCUUUCUCUCUCACACACACACACACACACACACACACGAAUGACUGGGACAUUUUGUCUUAAAUCAUGCUCCACUUUUAUCCCUUCCAUUUGUUCUUUGUUUUAAAAGCCAGCAAUGAACAUUUUAAAGAAACAAGGACUUCGACUUCUAAAAAAAAAAAAACAAAAAAAAAGAAAGAAAAGGAAAAAAAAAAAAGACAAAAAAAAGUCUGUACCUUUAAAAUCAUGAAAUUGUCUUGCAGAAAGCUCCUGUCCAAACGUUCAUUCAACCCCCACCUCCCCCUCCAACACAUCAAUACUGUACACUCUCUUAUUACCCCCCACUCUCUUUUACUCUCUCUCUCUCUCGUUCUGUGGUUUCUGAUAGUGGCUUAGGGUCUUGCUUGUAAAUAAUGGCUAUGACUAGAGCUUCAUUUUCAUUUUAUUUGUCUUUUUUCGGAAGUGGAGAAAAGAAUCCACAGGAAGGAAAAACAAAGUUUUGUAGCUGGAAGUACCGUUUAAAGUGUAUGUUUAGCAUUUCUAGAAGUAGUUAAAUUGUGUUUUUUAAAACCUGACAUAACUUCAGACAUUUUUUUCUUCUUCUUUUUUGAAAUUUGCUCGUUAGGACUUUGGUUUGGCUCACCUUAAGAGCCAUGACAGUUUGUUCUCUGAUGUUUGUAUUUAUAACUUUUAUUUUUUGUUUGUUCCGUUUCAAUAAAAACUCAUCCGAGCAACAAUUGGUCAAGUAACUUUGAAACUCAAUGUUUGUGAUCUGUAAAUUUAUUUAGCUUGUACCAUUCAUCAUUCCUUAGGCCAAACAAAAAUACACUCUUAAGUCAAAUCACAAUUUAUAAAUGCAUAAAUUUUGGCUAUGAAAUUCAACAUUCACAUCGUUGGAGGAAUUCCCUUUUCUUUCCUCUCACUGAUCCUGUAUGAAGAUUAUGGGAGCUACAUAGCCGAAUGUGUCGUCUUUUUUUUUCUUUUUCUUUUUUUUUUAAUGUAAAUAAAACUUCUUUCAGGAGCAGGUAAAAACUUUCCACGUAGAGCAACACAUACAAUAUUAUAACAGGGUUCUUGCACACAUCUGGUCUAGAAGUUAAUCCAAGUUAUUUUGGAAACAUUACAGAUGUCAAAGUUAUAUGGACACCGAGGAUAUAAACGGAGUGGUCCUUAUUUAUCAAAGGUGCAUGCAUUCAAACCUGAUCACAAAACGAACCAAUGCAAAUUCCAUUCAUUAAUUUAGUCUUUUUAACUGUAUGAUCAUUUAUAACAACCUGAAAAAUAGUCGAUCAAUUAAAUAAUCAAAAUAACCGUAAGAAGUACAGCAGUAGGCUAUAGUGAUUUGAGUAUUUUAUGCAAUGACUAAAAAAUGAAACCACCAUGGUUAAAUUGGAAUAAAGUGUGAAUCUGAGGCUCAGAGUUCAAUCCUGUUUCGGUCAUUAGUCUUUCAGUAUUCUGCAUACAAAAGACUCCAAUGUAUUGAACCGAAUCCACAUUCUUGGGAAGACUGGCUGUUUAAAAGGCAUAAGCAUCUAAUCGGUAUUAAAAAAUAAAAAAACAAUGAGUGGUAACAUACCCACGAUGAAGCUAGUAGUUUAAUUCUUUACUCCAGGUCACUGCUUGUGUGUGUUUUUUUUUUUUUUUUAUUAAAUCAUUUCCUGCACUAAAAUCUUUUCUCAUUGCAAUGCAACUUUGAUGAAUAACCAGCAGGACUAUAUAAAGUGUUUCACAAAUUUCUUUAAAAAGACCUUCUAAAAGCAUAUUUCAUGCAGUUGUCUCACUUCACAGCAUGGCUACAGCCCUUUAGAAUAUCAAUAAAAUUGGAAAACCAUUUUUAAUUAAUAAUAAUAAAAAAAAAGUCGUGAAAAGAUAUGGCAAGAACCCUGUAUAAAGCAUUGCUUAUACUGUCGGAACAAUUUACACACUGAAUAUAAACCAUCUCUACACUCCUGUUAAAAUUGUACGUUUUUAAGACGUAAGAAAUGAAGCCAAGAUAAAGCGGACCUUUUCCUAAUUUUAAUGGUAGAAAAAAAAAUCAAGUGGAAAUAAAAAAAACAA